AUGGAGAGAUCAACAGUACCAUCGGAUGAUGGCGAUGUCUCUAGAGCGUCGAUGGUCACUGUACCGACCAUUGCCACGACCGUCAUUGCUCUAAUCCUCACAUUAUUACGGCUAUAUGUGCGCCGGUACAUGAUUCGAAUGUUGUCCUGGGAUGACUGGUUCAAUGUCUUUGCGAUGUUGACGCAACUGGUUGUUCUGGGACUGGUUCUGGGAGCAACCUCGUAUGGGUUUGGACGACACGUCAAAUACGUCGGCCAUGACCAUGCGACUUACAGCAUGAAGCUUUUGCGGAUAUGCGAGUUUCUAUUAAUUUUCACAACAGUCUUCCUCAAGAUUUCCAUUAGCCUCUUUCUCAAGAGGCUGUUCCUCACAAGCAAGAAAUGGAGGGCUUUCUUCUGGUGCUUUAUCGCCUUCAAUACCAUUACCAGUGUACUCGACGCCGCCGUUAUCUUCCCUCAAUGUACCCCCGUGGAGCUGAACUGGGAUAAGACAGUGGAUGGACAUUGUUGGUCGGCCAACGCUAUCGAUGCGAUUGGGAUCGCCCAAGGAGCCAUUGCUGCAUCCACAGACUUUGCUUUAUCCAUUCUGCCAAUUGUUUUCCUAUGGAACAUCAAACUCCCGAAGAGAGUGAAGCUGGGCAUAUGCGGGAUUAUGGCCCUGGGGUUCGCGAGCGGCGGAUUCGCAAUUGCUCGCACUGCCCUCGUUCCUAGUUUAAUGAAAACGGAAGAUCCGACUUGGGACCUGGUUGAUCUAUUCAUGUGGGCAGUACUGGAAGCGACAUUCGGUAUUAUUGCUGCCGCUGCCCCGUCUGUCCGACCGCUCCUCGGCCAUAACUCCGUGACUACGAACUAUUAUUCUCGCGACAAAUCGCAUUCUCUACCACUCCGGAACACGCGCACCGGGCGAAACUCGCGAGUCGACUGGGGAAAUACUAUAUUUGAUACCCGAAACGAGCCAGACGAGAGAGAUGACUAUGGCGGGGACAGCGAGUCUCAGAUUCGUCUUGAUGACCGGGGUAUCAUGAAAACCACCUCCAUUGAGGUGGUCACCACGAUCGGGCAUACCCUGGAGAGCGACAUAGAUAGGAGACCAACUUCGGAGGAGAGUGCCGAAAGGAGAUACAUCUAG